ACCUGAUACCUUUUCAAAUUAUGGUUAUCAAAUGUUGCGCAACACUCUUCCGCAGUUAUUAUACAUGGAAUAUUAAUCAAAGUGUCUAUAGCUAAACAAUCUCAACUUUGUUAUCUUGUGUUUGUUUUGUCAACGUUCUCUUUUUUUUUGCCUGAAUGUGCUUUCAAGCUGUUUUUGUUUGUAUGUUCUCGUGCGACAACGCCAAGCCUCUGUAGUGUGCAUCGGCCUCGCGGGGCCUUCUCAGGGGCUUUUUGCCAGUGCAUCCAACUUUCCUAUGAAUUUAUAUAAACGUACUUUAUUAUGUUAAAGCGAGAGCACUUCUAUCUCCCUUUCUCGCUCAUAGACACAUGCUCUCAUGAACUCGUAAAUUACCACGGGCUAGGGUAGGCAUGUAGCUUCUCGACGUCUUCACCUCGCGGCGCACUUUUACACCACAGGCAGGCUCCGGCUGACAAGUCUGCGAAGGAGCUGCCGAAGGUGCUCACCCGCUCACAGGCUUUCUUGGAAAGAUAGAGGUGUCCCACGCGCGAUGGCGCCAGGGCCGUAACACGGCCAGCAACGCCAGGAGCAACCCCGGCACACCCCGCAGCAGCUGGACGAUCGCAGACACGGACGCCCAAGGUGUCGCCGCCGAGCACCGGGAUGGCCAAACAGCAAACAACCGGAGUUCAAAUGCCGACGGGGCAAUUGCCGCCGGAGGCCAUUCCGGCAAUCCCAGGCUGCCCCGCGGGUCUGGAAUACCUCACGAAGAUCGACCAACUUAUCGUCAGCCAGGUUGUAAACCUCUUCAAUGUACUCUUGCCGAGCCGGACGCAGAGCAGUUACGUGGUGAUGAACACCAUGGACCAGGUUGUCUUCAGUGUGACCGAGGACUACAACUUCAUGUGGCGAAGCAUCGGCACCAUGCGGCCCUUCCAGAUGGCGAUGCGCGACUCCCGCAAUGCCACAGUGUUGCGGCUUGACCGGCCACUACGCUGUGAUUCGUGUCUCUGCUUUUGCUGCCUCCAGAAAAUGGACGUGCGCGACGCUUCAGGUGCAACGAUCGGCUCCCUCCGGAUGGAGUUCACCCUGAUAUAUCCAAAUUUCUCAGUGCUGGACAGCCAGAACAACGCUGUCCUGCUGAUUAGAGGGCCCUGCUGCACGAGAUCCAUCUGUUGUGAGGACGUGGAGUUCGAUAUCGUAACCAUGGACGGCGUCACGAAGAUUGGCGCGAUAACGAAAGUCUGGGGCGGAUUGUGGAAGGAAGCCUGCACCGUAGCCGACAACUUCGCGAUCACCUUCCCCUUGGAUUUGGAAGUGAAGAUGAAGGCCGUGCUGCUAGGUGCCGUCAUUCUACUUGACCGCAUAUACUUCGAGGACGGAUACUGUGCGGCCUGCCUGCGUUGUGCCUGGAACGUAGCCACCAGCAGAGCUAAAUAAUGUUGACAUCAGAUUUGACAUACGCACAAGUUUCCAUGUUACAACACACUUGACUGCUGUGAAAAAAGAAAACAUAGGAACGAUGUUUAAUGUCAAUGCAUUCAAAUACCGUCAAAUUCAGAAUUCAAUAUGCCUAACGACUAAAUAGAUAUAACACUUCAGAUUCUAAUGAUGUUCUAAAAGUAUACAAAUAUUUAUUGUGUAAAAAUAAACGUUAUCCAAUGUGUACAGCAUCAUAAAUCAACAGCAAGAGCACAAAAUC